UGGUUUCAUCAUUUUGAAGAAAAAAAAAAUCUAUCAAAAAGAAAGCCAUGUCCCAAAAUAUAGAGGCCAGUCGUCUAUUUCGUCACCUUCAACCUCCAUGGAUCGCUCGCUCGAGUAUACAGAGGAGAGAGAGAGAUAUGGAGAGAGAGAGAGAGGGGAAGAAAGAAAGAAAGAGAGCGAUUUUCGCUUACUACCACAAGGAUGGUUUUGCAUCUCUACUUCGGCACUCAACCAAUUAUGGGAAAUCAACCGACGAGACAUCGCCCAAUUCGUCUCAUUUCCCCCCUUUUCUCUUACCUAUAUUGUUUCCACCCACCUCUUUUCCCGGGGGGAUUCUUUGAUCGUGAAUCUCUUUCUUCACGUUACAUUUCCAUUGAUUUCUGCAUGGAGAGUGAUGGGUUGCAGUCCACCUGUUUGUCAAAUUGUCUUCGCUAGAUAAUGAAUUAAAACAGUUCAUUAUUAUGAAGAUGCCAAGCAAAACGAGAUAGUUAAUCAUUAGGAACUCUAGUAUGGAUUACCAAGGAAAAGAAUACGAUAGACUCAGCAGUUCCUCUUACAGCAGUGAUGUAUUUGAACCAACAAUGAACAGAAUUGCUGAAGCUGAAGCUAAGCAGAGGACAGUUGUGAUAGAGUGGAUAAACAAUAUUAUUCCUGGACAAUACUUGCCAAUUAAUGCUACUAAUGAGGAAUUGAGAAAUUUCUUGAGUGAUGGGACUGUUCUAUGCCGGAUUUUGAAUAGGUUGAGACCUGGAUGUGUUGUCGAGGGUGGCAGUUCAGGGAGUUCUUUAGACUCACGGCAUGAGAAUAUUAACAGAUUUCUGGCUGCCAUGGAUGCAAUGAGAUUGCCUAGGUUUAAAUUGUUUGAUCUUGAGAAGGGAUCCAUGAAACAUGUCUUGGAGUGCCUUCUAACAUUAAAAGCUCAAUUUAUGCCAAAUUCGGGGACUCAUAUUGCUGGGUCAAACUUGAAAACCGGAAAUGAUGCUAGUACAAGAUGGAAACUCUUGGCACAAUGCUGUGGGGGAAAAGAAGGUACUGGUGAGCAACUGUCUCCUAAAUUGUGUAGUCCCUCUGCAUCUGGAGAUGAGAGGCGGAGGGGUAUAUAUGACUCCAAAGUUCGGCGUGCACUACGUAGUCCUGUUGUCUCAGAACCAUCAGCUGCAUUAAUGCAUCAUGUGGGACACAAGUUCCAUGAAGUGUUUCAGCUAAACCAAGGAAGCUAUGUCGACCUCUCUCCUUCUAAAAUUUCUGAAAUAAUGAAAUCUAACAGCUUGGAUAAUGCUCCAACUCAGUCGCUUUUAAGCGUAGCUAACGGCAUCUUGAAUGAAAGCAAUGAGAGGAAAAAUGGGGAAAUGCCUCAUCGCGUGGCAGGGUUAUUGAGGAAAGUCAUUCAGGAGAUUGAGAGGCGAAUAUCCGCUCAAGCAGAACAUAUAAAAACUCAAAACAAUCUUUUCAAAGCUCGUGAGGAGAAAUAUCAAUCAAGGAUAAGCGUACUUGAAGCUCUUGCAGCUGGAACCGGUGAAGAGACACAAGUGCAAACAGUUUCUAGGAAUGCACCCCAGCAGGCAAAGGAUACUUGUUUUACAUCAAAGGUGGAGAUGAAGGAGAUGGAGGAGAAGAAGAAAUUGGAGGAGCUGGAUGUAAUUAGGUUGUUGAAAGAGAAGGAACAAAUUACUAAAGAGGUUUUGGCCUUGACAAAAGAGAAGGAACAUAUUAGUCAGGAAAACUUCGCCUUGGCAAAGGAACUGGAUGUCAUUAAGUUGGUGAAAGAGAAGGAUCAGAUCAGUCAAAAAAACAUGGUAUUGACAAAAGAACUCGAUGUUGUUAGGUUGGUAAAUGAGAAGGAACAGAUCAGUCACGAAGUUUUGGAAUUGACAAAAGAGAAGGAAAAGAUCAGUCUAGAAAACUUGACAUUGACAAAAGAGAAGAUACAAGUCAGUCAAGAAAACUUGGCAUUAACAAUAGAGAAGGAAAAGAUUAGUCAAGAGAACUUGGCAUUGACAAAAGACAAAGAACAAAUCAGUCGAGAAAAUUUAGCCUUAGCGAAGGAACUGGAUGUCGUUCGGUUGGCGAAAGAGAAGGAACAUGGCAGUGCAGAAGUUUUAGCAUUGACAAAAGAGAAAGAACAUAUUAGUACAGAAAUAUUGGCUUUGUCAAAUGAACGGGAUGUUGUUAGGCUGGGGAAAGAGAAGGAGCAUAUUAGUGAAGAUGUUUUGGCAUUGACAAAAGAGAAGGAACGGAUAAGUGAAGAAGUUUUGGCAUUGACAAAAAAGAAGGAACUUGGAAAUGCAGAAAUUUUGAAAUUGACAAUAGAGAAGGAACAUAUUAGUACUGAAAUCUCGGCUUUGUCAAAGGAAUUAGAUGUUGUGAAGUUGGGAAAGGGGAAGGAUUUGACAAGUGAAGAAGUUUUGGCAUUGACAAAAGAGAAGGAGUUGAUCAGUGCAGAAGUUUUGAAAUUGACAAAAGAGAAGGAACACAACAGUGCAGAAAUUUUGAAAUUGACUAAAGAGAAGGAGCGUAUUAGUACUGAAAUCUUGUCAUUGUCAAAAGAAUUGGAUGCUGUUAAGUCGGGGAAAGAGAAGGAUUCAACAAGUGGAGAAUUAACAUUGACAAGAGAAAAGGAAUUGAUCAGUGAAGAAGUUUUAGCAUUGAAAAAAGAGAAGGAACAUAUUAGUCAAGAAAAAUUGGCCUUGGUAAAAGAGAAGGAAAAGUCCGAUCAAGAAAUUUUGGCCUUGAAGCAAGAUCUAGAAAAAGCUAGAAACACCAACCAACAAUAUUCAGUCGAAAUAAAAAAUGAAGCCAAGGGAGCCCAACAAGAGCUUGAGGAAAAAUUGAAAAAUGCCGAGCAUGCCAAGCAAGAGCUCGAGGAAAGAUUAAAAAAAACCGAGAGCGCCAAGCAAGAGCUAGAGGAAAGAUGGAAAGAAGCCGAGGGUUCCAAGAAAGAUGUCGAGGAAAGAACCAAAGGUUCCAAUCUAGAGCUCGAGAAAAGGUUGGAAGAAACCAAAGCUUCCAAGCAAGAGUUUGAGGAAAUGUUGAAAAAAGCCGAGAGUGCCAAGCAAGAGCUCGAGGGAAGAUUAAAAAAAUCCGAGAGCGCCAAGCAAGAGCUCGAGGGAAAAUUGAAAGAUUCCGAGGGUUCCAAGAAAGAUGUAGAAGAAAGAACCAAAGGUUCCAAUCAAGAGCUUGAGGAAAGGUUGAAAGAAACCAAAGCUUCUAAGCAAGAGUUCGAGGAAAUGUUGAAAAAGGCCGAGAGUGCCAAGCAAGAGCUCGAGGAAAGAUUGAAAGAAGCCGAGGAAAGGACCAAAGGUUCCAAGCAAGAGCUCGAUGAAAGGUUGAAAGAAUCCAAAGCUUCCAAGCAAGAAGUCGAGGAAAGAUUGAAAAAAGCCGAGGGUGCCAAGAAAGAGCUCGAGGAAAGAUUGAAAGAAGUCGAGGGUGCCAAGAAAGUGCUCGAGGAAAGGUUGAGUGAAACCAAAGCUUCCAAGCAAGAGCUUGAGGAAAGGUUAAAAGAAACAAAUGCUUCCAAGCAAGAGCUGGAGGAAAGGUUGAAUGAAACCAAAGCUUCUAAGCAAGAACUGGAGGACAGGUUGAAUGAAACCAAAGCUUCCAAGCAAGAGCUCGAGGAAAAGUUAAAAGAAACCAAAACUUCCAAGGAAGAGCUCGAGGAAAAGUUAAAAGAAACCAAAGCUUCCAAGGAAGAGCUCGAGGAAAAGUUAAAAGAAACCAAAGCUUCCAAGGAAGAGCUCGAAGAAAGGUUGAAAGAAACCAAAACUGCCAAGCAAGAGCUAGAGGAAAAAUUGAGAGAAAACACGAAUCUGUUGUCAGAAUCCAGGAAGAGGAUUAAUGAGGUCGAGGCAUAUUCUGAAUCAAGAGAUCAGCAAUGGAAGAAGAAACAACACAUAUCUCAAAUACUUACGGAGUUCCAGAUUGGCGUUCUGCGGGACAUAAAGUGUGCUUCUGUGACAAUCAAACAAGACCUUUCUACAACUCAAAACACUUACACAGAGGAAUUUCUACGUUUAGGGAAAACUGUGAAGGUUUUGAUAGAUGCAUCACAAAACUAUCACGCGGUCCUUGCUGAUAACAGAAAGCUGCAUAAUGAGGUUCAAGAGCUAAAAGGUAAUAUUAGAGUUUAUUGCCGUGUAAGGCCAUUCAUUCCCGGACAGAAAGCAAAAGAUUCGAUAGUUGACUAUGUUGGGGAAUUUGGAGAACUUGGUGUAUUAAAUCCUGCAAAACCAGGAAAAGAUGGUCAGCGUGUAUUCAAGUUUAACAAGGUUUAUAGUACAGAUGCAACUCAAGUGCAAGUAUAUUCUGAUAUUCAACCUUUGAUAAGAUCAGUACUAGAUGGAUUCAAUGUAUGUAUAUUUGCGUAUGGCCAGACUGGCUCGGGAAAAACAUAUACAAUGACUGGUCCUGAUGGAGCAUCCGAAGCUGAUAGAGGAGUCAAUUACAGAUCGUUGGAUGAUUUAUUUCAAAUUUCUCAAACUAGAAAUACUUCCUUUUCUUAUGAAAUUGGGGUUCAAAUGGUUGAGAUAUACAAUGAGCAAGUGCGCGAUUUGCUAUCAAAUGACGCUGGCUCGAAGAAUCUUGCAGUCUUGUCUACUCCCCAAGCUAAUGGUUUAGCAGUUCCUGAUGCCAGCAUGCAUAUAGUUAAAGCUGCUAAUAAUGUGUUAGAGUUUAUGCAAACUGGGUUAAAUAACAGGGCUAAAAGUGCCACUAGCAUGAACGAAAGAAGUAGUCGUUCACACAGCAUUCUCUCUAUACACUCUCGUGGGACGGAUCUGAAGAGUGGAUCUUUGUUACGCGGUUCUCUCCAUUUAGUGGAUCUUGCAGGAAGCGAGAGAAUAGAUCGAUCUGAGGCAACUGGAGAUAGACUUAAAGAAGCCCAACAUAUAAACAAAUCUUUGGCUGCUUUAGGUGAUGUUAUAUUUGCUUUGGCACAAAAGAGUGCUCAUGUUCCAUAUAGGAACAGCAAGCUUACUCAAGUCCUUCAAAGCUCUCUAGGUGGUCAUGCGAAGACACUCAUGUUUGUGCAGCUUAAUCCGGAGGGGAUUUCUUAUACUGAAAGUAUGAGCACAUUGAAAUUUGCUGAAAGGGUUUCUGGGGUUGAGUUGGGAGGUGCAAAGAGUACCAAAGAUGGAAAGGAUGUCAAAGAGUUGAUGGAUCAGAUUACAUCUCUUAAACUGACAAUAUCAAAGAAGGACGAGGAAAUUGCUCGGCUAGGAGUAGGUAAAGACAAAGCAUCGGCUAGGAGUAAAUAACAAAGACAAAAGUGAGAAGUGUAGCUCCCGUCUCAACUAGGUAGUGAUGGACUGCUUUGAAUUGUACAUGGUUCUGAAAGAUUGGAGUUCGUUCCAUCAUAGGAUAUGUAGAUUAGAAAAUUAAGGUAACAGUUUUCUUAACAUGUUUUACUAGUCUUCUUUCUCAUUUAGCUCUCUGUCCCAAAUUUAUUCUGUACAUCAUUCCCUUCAAACUUUUUGUUGUUUAUACCAGAAAAAAGAUUAACAUAGUUGUUGAUAACCAGUUUAUUGUAAAUGUAAAUGUUGUUUGAUAUGCAUAACUAUGAAAUAUGAAUGAAUGACUGACUAUAUAUGUACACUAGUUUAGC